GAUAUACUUCCUUUUUUAUACCUACGUUCACUGCUCCUGUCCAGUUGGUGGCGGUAAUGCACCAAAAACCUGGAUUACCAUCCGCCAAUAAAACUGAAGAAGAAGGAGACACUGUAAACUCACAACAAAGGAAGAAGAGGUUUUUGACUUACUGAGAAACAGCAUUUAGACCUCAUAAUAAGACCUUAUAAUGGAAUCAGCAAGGGUACGACCGUGUUCUUCUAGAAAACCUCCACACACUCCUGGUCCCACUGACUCACAGCUUUUUGGGGAUGUGCAGACAGAAAAAUAUACAUCUUCAGAUGGAGGGACAUCAGGCUCUGUAGAACACAUCACCUGUGUGAACCUUCAGAAACAUGUAAAAAAGGAAGAAACCGUAGAUGAAGAAUACUUCUUUAAUGGAAUUUCAGGUAAAGCAACACCAGUCUCUGUGGGACAUAUCACACCUGUGGACCUACAGAAUCAUGUGAAAAAGGAAGAAGCUGAAGAUAAAGAUUAUCUCUGUGCUGGGACAUCAAAAUCUGUGGAAGAUGUAAACCAAAAUAAUGGAGGGUUUGAAUGGAAGUGUAUAAAAGAGGAAGAAUCUGAAGUUGACGACAAUUUCUAUACAAGGACAGACUGGGACAUGGAUGAUGCCCAGGUACAAGUCUUCUCCUGCUCCCAGUGUUCACUUUCCUGUUCAUCUCAAAUUAACCUCCACAAACACAUCAGAAGAUACCACUAUGAGGAAUGUGAGAGACUGCUACAAUCAGGAGAGUUAAAAGACGUGGCGCGUAUCACAACAAUAAGCUCCGAUAUUCAGCAAACAUCCUCCAUUACACUCAACAGGAACUCCUCUAAUAAACAAAUGCAGAAAGAAGUCUAUCCCUGUUCACAGUGUGGGAAAAGCUUUACUCACCGCAGUAAUCUACAACAACACCAGCGCAUUCACACAGGGGAAAAGCCGCAUCACUGCUCACAGUGUGGGAAGAGUUUUAUUGACCAGCGUCAUCUCAGACAACACCAGCGCAUUCACACAGGAGAAAAGCCAUAUUCCUGCUCACAGUGUGGCAAGAGUUUUAAUCAACUGAGUCAUCUUCAAGUACACUUGCAUAUUCACACAGGAGAAAAACCGUAUCACUGCUCAGAAUGUGGGAAAAGCUUUAUUCGAAGGUGUACUCUACAAGAACACCAGCACAUUCACACAGGAGAAAAACCAUAUUCUUGCUUAGAGUGUGGAAAGGGUUUUAUUCGAAAGAGUGAACUACGAAGACACCAGCACAUUCACACAGGAGAAAAACCGUAUCACUGCUCAGAAUGUGGGAAGAGCUUUAGUCGAAUGAGCAAUCUACAAGAACACCAGCGCAUUCACACAGGAGUAAAACCAUAUUCCUGUUUAGAGUGUGGAAAGAGCUUUACUCGACUGAAUGAUCUCCAAAUACACCAGUACACUCACACAGGACAAAAGCCGUAUCACUGCUCAGAGUGUGGGAAGACCUUUAUUAGAUAUAGUAAUCUCAUCCAACACCAGCACAUUCACAUAGCUCAGAAACCAAUUCAGUGCUUGCAGUGUGGACGGAGAUUUACAUAUUCAGGAGCAUUUAACAUACACAAGUGCUCCAAUAUUACAGCGGGUUAUGCUUAUGAUCAGAGCCUCCUUUUCCAGAAACAGCAUUUAGACCUCAUAAUAAGACUUAUAAUGGAAUCAGCAGGGAUACGACCGUGUUCUUCUAGAAAACCUCCACACACUCCUGGUCCCACUGACUCACAGCUUUGUGGGGAUGUGCAGACAGAAAAAUAUACAUCUUCAGAUGGAGGGACAUCAGGCUCUGUAGAACACAUCACCUGUGUGAACCUUCAGAAACAUGUAAAAAAGGAAGAAACCGUAGAUGAAGAAUACUUCUCGACACCAGUCUUUGUGGGGCACAUCACACCUGUGGACUUACAGAAUCAUGUGAAAAAGGAAGAACCUGAAGAUAAAGACUAUCUCUGUGCUUGGACAUCAAACUCUGUGGAAGAUGUAGACCAAAAUAAUGGAGAAUAUGAAAGGAAGCAUGUAAAAAAGGAAGAGUCUGAAGAUGAAGACAACCUCCAUACAAGGACAAAUUGGGACAUGGAUGAUGCCCAGGCACAAGUCUUCUCCUGCUCCCAGUGUUCACUUUCCUGUUCAUCUCAAAUUAACCUCCACAAACACAUCAGAAGAUACCACUAUGAGGAAUAUGAGAAACUGCUACGAUCAGGAGAGUUAAAAGACGUGAACCAUACCACCCCAGUAAGCUCCAGUAUUCAGCAAACAACCUCCAUUACACUCAACAGUAACUCCUCUAAUAAACAAAUGCAGAAAAAAGUCUAUCCCUGCUCACAGUGUGGCAAGAGUUUUACUCAGCGGAGUUCUCUCAGACAACACCAGCGCAUUCACACAGGAGAAAAACCCUAUCACUGCUCAGAGUGUGGGAAGAGUUUUAUUCAACAGAGUAAUCUACAAACACACCAGCGCAUUCACACAGGAGAAAAACCCUAUCACUGCUCACAGUGUGGGAAAAGCUUUAAUCGACAGAGUGUACUACAAAGACACCAGCUCAUUCACACAGGAGAAAAGCCGUAUCACUGCUCACAGUGUGGGAAGAGCUUUAAUCGACAGAGUCAUCUACAAAUACACCAGCGCAUUCACACAGAAAAAAAACGUUAUUCCUGCUUAGAGUGUGGAAAGAGUUUUAUUCUACAGUGUGUACUACAAACACACCAGCGCAUUCACACAGGAGAAAAGCUGCAUCACUGCUCAGAAUGUGGGAAGAGCUUUAAUCGGCAGAGUGAACUACAAAUACACCAGCGUAUUCACACAGGAGAAAAGCCGUAUCACUGCUUAGAGUGUGGGAAGAGCUUUAUUCGACAGAAUCAUCUACAAGAACACCAGCGCAUUCACACAGGAGAAAAGCCAUAUUCCUGCUUAGAGUGUGGAAAGAGUUUUAUUCGACGGAGUGAACUACAAAGACACCAGCGCAUUCACACAGGAGAAAAGCUGUAUUCCUGCUCAGAGUGUACAAAGAGUUUUUUUCGACAGAGUGAUCUACUAAUACACCAGCGCAUUCACAGAGGAGAAAAGCCAUAUCACUGCUCUGAGUGUGGGAAGAGUUUUAUUCGACAGAGUCAUCUACAAACACACCAGCGCAUUCACACAGGAGAAAAGCCGUAUCACUGCUCUGAGUGCGGGAAGAGCUUUACUCAACAGUGUAAUCUACAAGCACACCAGCGUAUUCACACGGGAGAAAAGCCAUAUCAGUGCUCAGUGUGUGGGAAGAGCUUUUCCCAAAAAAGAAAUCUUCAGCAACACCAACGAAUUCACUAAGGAGAAAAGAAUGUACAACUUCUCAUACUGUAGGAAGAUGUGUACAGAUAAAGAUCAGCGCAUUCACACAGGAAAAAAGUUGUAAGAGUGCUCUAAGUACGGGAAGAGUUUUAAUCAAAAAAGUAGUUUCAUACACCAACAACAAAUUUACAUAUAUAAACAAACUGAUCAAAUCAGGAUGAACACAGCAGCAACGUACAAACAUGGGUUUUUAUUCAAGAGAAAUGUAAAAUUAAGACAAAAAUUUUGUUUGUUUUAUAUAGGUUAUCCAAAACUAAACAUAUAUCUAGAAUGUUACACCUUUUAUUUAACUUUGUAAAUAUUUCAGAGGAAUCAGGACAUGAACAUAUUUUGGGUGAUUAAAACAGCUGGUAACAUUUAUU